CAAAAAUAAUUAGCUCGCGCCGCGGGAAAUCCUGCUUUCCGAGACGACUGCGGAUAAUAAACACAAGCCACGGCAUUAUUCGCAGCCACAGUGACCAUGAGCUCCUCCACCCUCGACACCACCGCGAUCACGGACGCCCUGAACGACGUGGGUCGGCGCCUCUCCGACGCAGCCGCGUCUGCGACCAGCUUCCCUGAGACGGCCAAGUUAUUUGAAACACCGCCCGUCAAGAAGAUCCUCGACGCCGACAACGGCGCGAAACUUACGGAGGAGCUGCUCGACGCCUUGCUGGUGACGAACAAAGGCACGCUCACACGCCUAGACGACACGGCCUUCGCGGCGGGCUGUAGAGUGAUAGUCCGGGCCGACUACGAGCGCCAGGUGAAGAACGCGCGCUAUGUCAGCGUCAUCUCGGGCGGCGGCAGCGGCCACGAGCCGGCGCACGCGGGCUUCGUGGGAGCUGGUUUACUGACCGCGGCGGUCUGCGGCGACGUCUUCGCGUCGCCGUCGGCCAAGGCCGUGUUAGCUGCGAUCGUCGCCACGUCUUCACCAAGGGCCGGCUGUCUGUUGAUCGUGAAGAAUUAUACCGGAGACCGGCUCAACUUCGGCAUCGCGGCCGAGACGGCGAAAUCUAGAUACGGCAUCCCCGUGGAGACAGUUUAUGUUGCAGAUGAUGUGGCCUUGGAUUCGGGCUCGAACGCGAGAGGCGUGGCCGGCACUUUGUUAGUUCACAAGGCCGCCGGCGCCGCCGCCGCGGCGGGCUAUUCGUUGCAGGACGUCGCCAAGGCGGCUCGCGACGCUGCUGAACGCGUCAAGACCAUGGGCGCCGCCUACGAGGUGUGCACGCUGCCGGGCCGGCCGCCGUCGGGUAGACUGGGCGCUGGGGAAGUCGAGUUGGGUCUGGGGAUCCACGGCGAGCCCGGGUUCGAAAGAACGGCCACGCCGACGGCUUCUCAGUUAGCGGCGACGCUCGCCGAGCGAACGACGGCGAAGAUGCCGCAGGGCGACGUCGCUUUGAUAAUCAACGACCUGGGCACGACGACGCCGAUGGAGCUCGCCGUGUUUGGGGCCGCCUGCAUCAAGGCCGUCGAGGCGCGCGGGUUUACCGUCGUUCGUGUCUUAUCUGGAAGCCUCAUGACGGCGCUGGACAUGCACGGCGUGUCUUUGUCCGUGGCCCCGGUCGACUCCAAAAUCUUGAAAUUCAUCGACGCGCCCUGCGCCGCGCCGGCCAUGUCAACAGGCGCCUGGCGCGUCGCGACCGGUGCGUCUGCUCCCCUCAUCAAGCCCGAGGCGAGUGUGGUGGACGACCCGCCGCCGCCACCGGUGCCGGGCGACCUCGAGGACACGGAGCGCGCCGUCAAGGCCAUCCGGGCGGCCUGCGAGGCGGUUUUGAAGGCCGAGGCCGAGCUCACGGCUCUCGACGAGAAGGUCGGCGACGGCGACGCCGGCACUACACUAGCUGCGGGCGCCAAGGCCGUGCUCCAGGCCUGCGACGCGGGCCUGCCCAAGGGCGCGUCGGGCGUCGCCGCGGCCGUCGCGCGCGCCGUCGAGGACUCCAUGGGCGGCUCGUCCGGCGUGUUAUAUAAUCUGGGCCUGAAGGCCGCCGAGACGUCGUUACGGCAGUCCGCGGGCACGAGGGUCCCGGCCGACAAGGCCUGGUGUGACGCGUACGUGGCCUUCGCCGAAGCUAUUACUAAAUGUGGCGGCGCGGGCAUCGGGUCGCGGACCAUGUGCGACGCGACGCUGCCGGCGGCGGACGUCUUCAGGACGGGCGGCACGCUGGCCGAGGCGGCGGCCGCCGCGCGCCGCGGUGCAGAUUCGACGGCGUCGCUCGCCGCGACGCACGGCCGGUCGGCCUACCUGGCGGAGGAGACGCAGCGCGGCGUCGUCGACCCGGGCGCGCGCGCCGUGGCGAUCGCGUUCGCGGCCGUGGCGAGUGCUUGAUCACUCGACGCAGCUCGCGCGGGAUCACUCGUGGGAGCUACUAAGUGGUCUAUGAGUAUAACUUAGACGCGCCCCGCCCC